AUGAAAAAGCGACAAACCACAAAACCAACUCAGAAUUUUUCUAAAACAAAACAAAUCAAGUUAUCAACGGUUCUGAAGAAGAGACAAAGUGUUUUAGACUUCAGCCAAAAACAACCUGGAGUUAUUAAAUGUAAUAUUUGUCAUCUUGAAUACCAAAGCACUAUUGAAGACGAUAUAAAAACACAUGAGAAAUAUCAUAAAGAAUUUCUUCUUCCACCAAAACUACAAAUAAAAAAUAAUGAAUAUAAUAUUAUUCAACAAGAAGGAAAUUAUAAAUAUAUUAAAUUUCAAUGGAACUCAAGAAUUAAUAAAGAAAUACAAAUUAUUAAUGAAAGAAUAAAUGAAGAUAUUGAAAUGGAUUUAAAUUAUUUAAAAUCAAAUAAUUUUAAUUAUAUUUGUUGUAUAGAAAAUAAUAGAAUUAUUGGAAUUGUUAUUACUAGAGUAUUAAAUAAAACACAUAGUAUUUAUCAAUGUAAUUGUAAUAAAUAUGAUGAUAUUAAAUUAAUUGAACAAAAUAAAACAAAUGCAAGACUUGCAAUAGAAGUGUUAUGGGUUCAUAAAACUUCAAGAAGAAAAAUGGUUGCAUCUCAUUUACUAGAAUUAACUAAAAUUUAUAACACUUAUGGAACUAUUUAUCAUCUUAAUGAUAUCGCUAUUUCUCAACCUACUCAUGAUGGAUUUUCUUUUUUUAAUAAAUUUUUUAAUAACUCUUUGAAAAUAAUUCUUCCAAACUAA